GAGGGCGAGGAGAGAGAAAGAGAGAGACAGAGAGACAAAGGCCAAAGGGAGAGAGACCAAGCGCCCAGAGACACAGAGAGGGGCGGAGGAGAGAGAGGGGGGAAUCGCGGGAGGGAAGCGGCGGGGUUUUGGCGAGAUUUGAGUUUUUCCCACGCUCCCGCCAUGGUGUCCGACCAGGAGAUCGCCAGCUGCGUCGAGUCCCUCCUCCGCGGCUCCGCCGGCGGGCCCGGGGAGGCCUCGCUCACCGCCGUGCUGCAGCAGGCGGAGGCCAAGCUCGGUACGGACCUCUCCCACAAGGCGCAGUUCAUCCGCGACCAGAUGGACCUCUUCUUCGGCCCGCGCCUCCAGCCGCAGCCGCCGCCCAAACCCCAGGCGGCCCCUCCGCCGCAGGUUAUUCCCACCGCGGCCUCCGUACCGCAGCCCCACGCUCAGGUCCUGCAGCAGGCGCAGGCGCAGGCCCCGCCUCCUGCCCAGCAGAUUCAGACGCAGCCGCAGCAGCACCAGCAGCUCCCGGCGCUCCAGCCGCAGCUCAUCUUCCAGGCCAUGCCUCAGCUCCCCGCCGUCGCCACCGUCCCCGCUGUGUCCUCACCGCCGGCCGUACCGGCCAUGGCCUUCUACCCGCCGCCGCCGCUCGCCUUCCGCUACACCACCGGCCUGGGCGGGGCCGCCACGGGUGGGACCGUCUCCUUCCAACAGCCGGCCCCCGGAGUCGGGGGCACUGCUCCCCACACCGCGGCCGCGCAGGUCGCUGGCGACAACAAGGAAAGUGCUUCUAAGCGGAAAAGAGGUGGACCUGGUGGUUUAAAUAAAGUUUGUGCAAUUUCACCUGAACUUCAGACCAUUGUUGGCGAGACUGCUAUGUCAAGAACUCAGAUUGUGAAGCAGCUGUGGGCAUAUAUCAGGCAGAAUAAUCUUCAAGAUCCUGAUGACAAAAGAAAGAUCAUUUGCAAUGAUGAACUUCGUGUGGUUUUUGGAACUGACACCACCGACAUGUUUAAGAUGAACAAGCUGUUGGCUAAGCACAUAACCCCACUUGACCCAAAAGAUCAAAUUCGCGACGUGAAAAGAAUGAAGGCUCCCACCGAGACUCCUCAACCUGGACCACUCAUUAAUCAACCCUCUGUGGUUAUUUCUGAUGCACUAGCAAAGUUUAUUGGAACUGAUGGAACAUUUCCUCAAGAAGAUGCUCUGAAAUACCUCUGGGAUUACAUAAAGGCAAACCAACUCGAGGAUGUCAUCAAUGGAUCGAUAUUAUGUGAUUCAAAACUUCAAGAGCUAUUUGGCUGUGAGAGCAUUCCUAUGUCAGGAUUAUCAGAAAUGCUUGGUCACCACUUCAUCAAGAAGACAUAGCAAAUCCUCAUUAACUGAUCUAGGUUUGCAGUGUGGCAGAUAUCAUAGGCCUAACAUUACCAUAUGGUGUUCUUGACAGAAUGGACAGCAUAGCUUAUGUAUUUCUUCAGUGUUAUGGAUUAUGAAUUGUCAGGCAAAGAUCAGAUGAUUGUUGUAGCCUGUAGUUUGUUAUUCAUUCAGGCCACCGCUGUGGUGUCCGGUGUAACCUUUACUGAAUUCGUAGUGUUAGUUCCUAAAUGUCAAAAUGUCAUGCUGACUAUGUAAAGUUAAGCUUCCGAUUGAGUGCCAGGUUGAACUCUUAAAAUGCCAUAAGCUUUUCUUGUACUGUUUUUUUUUCCAUAUUGAGGAAAUGAGGCAAUCUGAGUUAACUGCC